AUGAGGUCGGUGUGUGGUCCCUACAAGGAUGUGUUGUUUGGCCAGGCGAUAUUGACAUUUGCAGGACUCAGAAUGGCAGCCCAGCAGGUCGAAGAUGCCCUCGCCCAAGAAGAGCUCCCCAAGUAUUGCAAACUUGCUAAGGAGGCUAGUAGCAGCAGAAAACCUCCUAUCCAACAGCGGAAUUCGGGGUCUAAUGCCACGAUGGCGAUUCUUCCCACAACGCCAGCCUUGCCUACUCCGUCAACGCCAUUUGUGAUUGAGCAAGAUGCAACCCCCACUCCUCGUCGACCUCGAAGGCAGUUCACUGACUUGGGGACUUCUUUGAGUUUAGUUUUGAAUCGUUUGCUUCAGGCCGGUCAUAUAGUUAAGCCAGAGCCUAGGCCCUUACCUGAGCGGAAACCUGAUUGGUUCAAUCCAAACCUGUUUUGUGACUACCAUUCUCAGCAAGGUCACGCAACAGAUAGAUGUUACAAGUUGCAGGAGGCAAUCCAAGAUCUGCUUGAUGCAAAGAAGUUUGAAAUUCGGGUCAAACGACCUAAUGUUGCCAAAAAUCCCCUUCCUCAGCAUCGAACAGUUAACGCCUUGCAAGAAGAUUUAGGCAAUUUUAACCCGACUUCCCUCAUCAUUUUUCUAUCAGCGAAGAGUAGCCAAGCAGAGGCGACCAGCGUUGGAGGUCUUAGCAGGUUUACUUUCCCCCUUCUGGCUGAUGUUGUCACUUCUAGUUUGAAGGAGCCUGUAGAGUCAGAGUUGAAGGAAGAUGAGAUCAAUGGCUUGUAUGAUGAAUCUAAUUUUGAGACUUACACACCAAACCUUGGCUUGGAACUAAAUGCAGUCAAACAUGAAGCUAAUGAGGAUUAUGAUAUCAUUAUCCCUGGGGAAGGCUUGCAGGAAAAGCAAAGGUUUACGGAGUCUGACGACGAGGUAGAGUUCUACAUUCCGGGUGAGAUAAUAGCAGAAACUCGGAGUGGGAAGAACUACAAGGCAGCAGGACUCACAGAACCACCAGCAAGGCCAAAAGAUCAGGGACUGAACAAUAAGUUGAUUGAACCGGAGAAUCAAGUAUUGAGGCAGUUGCAGAAGACCCAAGCAAAUAUAUCUAUUUGGGGCUUGCUCAUGGCCUCUCCUACCCACAGGGAAGCAAUGUUGAAAUCUCUGGCAAGCAUCCAAGUUCCAAUUGGGACCGAUUCAGCACAACUAGCGAGCCUAGUAGGAGUCGCGUACGCAAUGAACUCAUUGAUGUUUGCAGAUGCCAAUCUCCCUCUUGAAGGUUCGAACCACACAAGGGCUUUACACAUAACCAUUGAUUGCAGAGGAUGUCGAAUUCCCCAAGUAUUGGUAGACAAUGGGUCGGCGUUGAAUGUUUUCCCUCUCAGGACCUUUAAACAUUUGGGAUUUGAUGAAGCCGAGAUGAAGCCAUCUAGUCAAUGUGUUCGAGCUUAUGACAACACCAGGAGGAGCGUGUUGGGAAUUUUCACUGUGGUGAUAGUAGUUAGACCGGCAGAAUUCGAGGUAGACUUCCAAGUUAUCGAUAUUCCCGCAUCUUUCAAUAUGAUUUUAGGCCGUCCAUGGUUACACAAGGCUGGGGCAGUUUCCUCUUCCCUUCACCAAAAGAUAAAAUUUUUAUUCAAAGGGCGGGUGAUCAUUGUCUUGGCAGAUCCUGGCUUGGUCAGUAUGAUGGCAUCCGUUGAUAUGGGGGAAAGUAACAAUGGUGAGACAUCUGAAGUUCGUUUGGGAGGUUUUGAGUUGGGUAGUAUCAAUGCAACUUUGGGGCCUAGUUCACCAGGAGAGAGAUUUGCUUUGACAGAGUUUAACAUCACCAACCCCGGAGUAACCAACAUGCUUAUUAAAAUGAAGUAUUUUGCAGGCAUGGGCCUAGGGGUGCGACAACAGGGUGACCCAGAUAUUUUAUCUCUGAAGGUGAACACACCGCGCUUUGGCCUUGGUUAUGUUAUGACAGAGGAGGACCAAAAAAAGAUAGCAGCCAAGAAGCAAAAAUAUGACAGAAAUUUCAAGAGAUAUGAAGGGUUGAAAUACAAGAAUGAGGGGAAGAAUUUGAUCCAUAUGCUUAGCAACGGGGAAAGUUCUGAAGGAAAGGCAAUAGAGGCAGGUUAUCAGCAGAACAAGACUGUCAAGUAUGGGCUAGUGAAGGUUUCAAAGUGGAACAAGAUGGAUCUGAGACCGUUAAUAUGA